CGGCCUCUUUCCUGCGUAACCGCUAGCGUUGGUAGCCGCUGCUGCUGCUGCCUGUCAACAUCACGCAGCCCCAGAAGAAAUCUGUGUCCAGGAUUUUUGUUUUUAACUGUUUGUCUCUGACAGAGCACUAACGUUCCUACACCAUGCCCAUGUACCAGGUAAAGCCCAUCUCUGGAAGUCAUAUAAAGACUGAUUUACCAACCUGCAUGUACAAGUUACCAAAUAUCCACGCGCCGCAAGGGAACUGCUGCACCUCUGAGCACGCGAUUCAGAAUGGCGAGGUGGACCCAGCAGUCAAAGCUCUGGAGGCCCGGCAGGAUGAGAUCAUGAAAAAACUGUACAACCUGAAAGCAGCUGUGGAAGGCCUGGCCAAGACCGUGACCACCCCAGAUGCCGAUCUGGACCUCACAGUCAGCAGCAGCCUCUGCUCCCACAGCCCCAGCUCCACAACCUUCAAAGGCCUCUCAGACCUGGACACACUAUUGGGCAAGGACCUUGGUGCUCUCCGUGACAUCGUCAUAAACGCUAACCCGGCACAGCCACCCCUGACCCUGCUGGUGCUCCACAGCGUGCUGUGCCAGCGCUAUCGGGUGCUCUCCACUGUCCAUGUCCACUCCUCAGUUACCAGUGUGCCACCACAGCUCCUGUCCUGCCUCGGUCCACGCCAUGCAGACAGCUAUGCCCGCCAGAUGUUCCAGUUGGGCUUCACCCUCAUAUGGAAAGAUGUCCCCAAACUGCAGAUGAAGUUUAGUGUCCAGAACAUGUGUCCCAUCGAGGGUGAGGCCAACGUGGCGCGCUUCCUCUAUAAGCUGCUGUCUCCCUACCCCAGUGACCCUGCUCUCGCCACACUGGUGGACAGCUGGGUGGACACAGCUUUCUUCCAGCUGGCAGAGGGCAGCGCCAAGGAGCGGGCUACUGUCCUACGGGCCCUUAACUCUGCUCUGGGCCGCAGCCCCUGGCUGGCCGGGCCGGAGUUCUCCCUGGCCGACAUUGCCUGCUAUUGCUGCGUCUUGCAAAGUGGCUCUGCGUCCUCCACUCCCACUAAUGUCCAGCGCUGGAUCAAGUCCUGUGAGAACCUGGGCCAUUUCAGUCCUGCCAAGCUAUUUCUGCAGUGACUGGGGCUGUCCCGGGCAAAGUGAGAGAAGGGCAUUAGAAUAUUAAAAUAUCCCAGCCAUGUCUGAAACACCCUCUAAUGCUUUCCUCCCCAAAAUAAUGUAUCACUGAA